AUGGGAAGCAGGAAGUCGCUGUGCUGUGGGUUUUCAGCUCUGGAAGUGACGCUCGGCGUCAUCUUCGUCGUUAUGACCGGCGUGUGCAUCUCGCUGGUUGUACUGUACGUUACCAGGGAAACGCACGCAGAGACUCCGCCCCCUCAGCACACACCUUACCUGAUCGGCGUGGGCCGAGCCGACUGCACCGGACCGCCGGCUGACGUCCCUAUGAUGGGCUAUGCAAACCCUCAGCAGACGGCUGCAGGCAUACACACCCGUCUGUACAGCAGAGCCUUCAUCGUCGAUGACGGCAAGCGCAGGGUGGUGUUCGUCACGGCAGACAUAGGAAUGGUUUCACAGAGGCUCCGACUCGAGGUUCUGCAGGCACUGCAGGGGAAGUACGGGGAUCUAUACCGGCAGGAUAACGUUGUUCUGAGUGGGACUGGAAGUUUCGUUGCUGGUUUCUCCUCCAGUAACCUCGGUGACGUCACUCCGAACACCGGAGGACCGUACUGUGUGAACACUGGGCUGCCCUGUGACUACCUGAACAGCUCCUGUCCCAUAGGAGGGACUACAAUGUGUCUGGCGUCCGGACCUGGAGAAGACAUGUUUGAGAGCACUCGGAUCAUCGGACACAACGUCUACCUGAAAGCCAAGGAGCUGUAUGCAACUGCAGUCGAGGAGGUGACCGGCUUUAUUCAUCAUGCUCAUCAGUGGGUCAACAUGACUGAUGUCACUGUUCAGAUCAAUGAGACACACACGGAGCUGGAGUCAGAGGGAACUCUAAAGGACAUGGAGGUGGUGAUUGCAGGCCUCAGUAACGUCUACACUCAUUACAUCACCACCUAUGAAGAGUACCAGGUACACAUCUGCUGAACCUCAUGGGAUUUGUAGUUUUUAGAGUCAUUUGCUAAAUUACAUUAAUCAUGUUUCCAGGACAGAGUCGCAGAGCUGCCAGCCGGCCCUCAGCCUCCCUUCUUCACAGAGAACCUCUUUAAUUUUGUGCCCCUGGCGCUCUUUGACAGAAAACCUGAGAAUAUGAGCUUUGGAGACGUCCUGGAGCAGGUUCACCCCGUUUACAGACAGGGUGAUGUUGUGACGGUCACGUUUGUAGCAGGAAACCCGAGAAACUCUGGAGAUAUUAGGGAUAAAACUUUUGUCACUGUUGAGAUUUUUGACAACAGAACAGAAACCUGGGAGGUUGUCCACAACGAUGCAUCAUGGGAGACCAGGUUUCACUGGCUGAAGGGGUCAAACCGGGAGAGCAACGCCACAGUGGAGUGGCAGAUUCCCCCGACGGCCUCGGCGGGCUCCUACAGGAUCAAACACUUUGGCCACUACAAAGAGCUGAAAGGCCUGCAGCCGGUCAUAACGCCGUACGAAGGCUCGUCGGACGUCUUCACGGUCACCGCCAGCUUCUACUACGAGUGA